CGUAGAAUUUGCAGCCUGGAUGCCAUAGAAGACGAAAUGAACACUCUUAAGAAAAUCCUCCUUGAAAAUGGCUAUCCAGAAAGAUUUAUCACAAAAUCAAUGAAACCCAGACCAGAGAAGCCGCCAACACCCAGUGCUCCAAAAAGACUCCUCUACAUGAACCUACAGUUCAAUGGAGACCAAUCUACAGAAAUACUGAGAAAUCGGCUCUCCCGCUCAUUGAAGAAAACCUUCCCUGCAGCUGAGUUACGACUGACGUUCUCCACGAGACCAAUGAUUCGUAUGAACGUGAAGGAUAAGCUACCGCUGUUGGCCUCAUCUAUGUGCAUCUACCAAUUCACCUGCUCGUGUGGAGCCAGGUAUAUCGGCCGUACUCAGCGUUCGCUAUCCAAACGCGUCAACGAACAUUUACCUUCAUGGUUUUAUAAAGGAGAAAACCGAUGCCCUCGCAGCUCGAUCCUUGAACAUUUGAUCGACUCUGGACACCAAGUCAAACCAGAAACAAACUUCAAAGUUAUCUACAGAAUACAAGGCAAUCUUGCUAAAAGUGUACGGAUCAAACUUCUCCACAUCGCAGAAGCAAUGGCAAUUCAUCUGCUAAAUCCUGAACUCUGCAUACAAAAGAAAUUCGUUCAUUCAUUAAAUCUACAAUGGACGUAAUCUUUCUUAAUUUCAGUCUUACUAAUUGUAUUAUUUUGUCUUUUUCAUUUUAUUUUAUCAUUUUAUUAUUUCACAUCUUCAUUUAUAUUAUUCUCUAC